AUGUUUACAUCAACUAGCCAAACUAGUUUUAAUCCGACAAAAAAGUUAAACAUCAAUGCUUCGACAUCAUCACAUUCUCAAAUAGCAACAUGUAAACUAUUCGUUGGUAAUUUAGCAACGCAUACAACAGGCGCACAUUUGCAAACUAUAUUUCAUUCAUAUGGACAAGUAAUUGAAUGUGUUAAAGUACGUGAACGUUACGGUUUCGUACGAUUCGCAAAUGGUGAAGAAGCGCAACGUGCUUUAACUGCUUGUAAUGGCGUGCAAUUAAAUGGAUAUCCAAUGAUUGUUGAAUAUGCACAAAAUGAAAUUCUUAUUAGUCCGAAAUCGCCACGAACCAAUAGUACGGGUUCAUCAGCAUCAUUUCGACCUCAUCCAUAUCAUGCUGGACGAUCAGCUAUGUCAUAUCAGGCUGAUGCAAAAUUAACAACACCCAUAACAAUAAAUACAAAACCUCAUCAAUCAACCAAUCAUACGAAUCGUGAUGAUAUACCAUUAUUAUCAGCUGCAACAGCAGAAACAACGAAAUAUUCUUCAUCGAAACUUAAUCCUGAUGCAUCAUCGUUUACGCUUCCAUUUUCGCCAUCGAAUCAUUAUCAACAAAGUCGUACUAAUAGCAAAACUGUUAACAUUGAAAAUGUCUGUUCAACAAGUGAUUAUCAUUCACAAUCAGGUGUAUUAUCAAGUGGUUCAUCAUCAAUUCGAUCUUCGAGUUCUGUAUCGCCAUCGAUACUUUCAGCUAUUUCUCCAUCGAAUUUAUUACCAUUUGAAUCAUCAGAUGAAGAGAAAAAACCUAGUCGUUCUACAAAUAUUAUUGAAAAACGUCCAACAACUAAUUCCUCAUUAAAUAUUUUUAUUGGUGAUAAAAUUCUUAGCUUAUACGGUUCCACAACACAAGUUGAUACAAAUAAUAAUCAAGCAGAAACAAUGAAUUUAAAUUGCCCUGCUGAAAAAUCUACACCAUUACAAUUUGAUAGUCGUGAUAUUGAUCCACGUGAUCCGAUAUUUAUUUGGAAUUUCGUAUUUUAUCCUGAUGUCUCAAUAAGUCCAUUCGUUAAACGUGGAGAUAUAAAAUCAUUACUUGAACGUAGAGUUUCACUCUAUGCACAAUAG